CACCUUAUGCAUAUGACUGAGCGAAUUUGUCACUUUUUCCCUAUCUCGAUGAGUCACCUAACAUGUCACUGUCAUGAGUUCAAUAGUGCGCCAGUGUUCCCACUGUGCGGUGUAACAUUGGGUGUUUCUCAAAGGAAAGUAUGAGGAGUCCCACCCACCUUCGUUAAAUACAUACAGGGGCUGAGCUUGAAAAAUAGCCCAGCGCCGCCAGGAAGAGACGUCUAUAUUAUAGCAAACCAAAGACCAUAAACCAUGAGCUAUCCAGGAUACCCCACUCAAGCUGGUGGCUACCCCACUCAAGCUGGUGGCUACCCCCCACAAGCCGGUGGCUAUCCCCCUCAGCCGGGCGCCUACCCACCCCAGGCAGGAGGUUACCCACCCCAGGCAGGAGGUUACCCACCCCAGGCAGGAGGUUACCCACCCCAGGCAGGCGGCUAUCCCCCUCAAGCAGGUGGUUACCCCCCACAGGCUGGUGGUUACCUCCCUCAGCCUGGAGCUGGAGGGUACCCAGCCAUGCCCCCAGCAGGUAGUUGGGCAGGUGGUGCUGGUUUCCCCACCAUAGAUAAUCUGUCCAUCCCUGGAUUCAACGCAGGCAAUCUCCCAGCCAUGCCAGGAGGGCAGAUGCCCCAGCCUCAAGGCCCAGGCAUGGGCUACCCACAGGCACCCUCACCCAACCCCUCCAUGCCUGGUUACGGAGGAGGACCAGCGCCUAACCAGCCCAUGCCAGGGUACCCUCAAGCCCCAUCACCCAACCCGUCCAUGCCAGGAUAUGGAGGUGGAGCCAUGCCCGUCUCUCCUGCCAUUAAUAGAGGAUUCCGGGGAACCAUCAAGGAUUAUCCAGGAGCAGACCCACUGAGAGAUGUGGAGGUUCUGAGGAAAGCCAUGAAGGGCUUUGGUACUGAUGAACAGGCCAUCAUAGACCUGCUAGGGAGUCGCUCCAACAUACAGCGUGUUCCCCUGCUCAUGGCCUUCAAAACCUCCUACGGAAAGGAUCUGGUUAAGGAUCUGAAGUCAGAGCUGUCAGGGAACUUUGAGAAGCUGGUUCUGGCCAUGUUGAAGACCCCAGCCCAGCUUGAUGCAUACGAACUCAAAGAGGCCAUUAAGGGUGCAGGGACAGAUGAGGCUUGUCUGAUAGAGAUCCUGUCCUCUCGCUCCAACGCAGAGAUCAGAGAGAUCAACAUGGUCUUCAAGACAGAGAAUAAGAAGUCACUGGAAGAUGCCAUCAGUGGGGACACCUCAGGACACUUCCGUAGACUCCUCAUCUCUUUGGCCCAGGGUAAUCGAGAUGAAAGAGAGACUGUGGACAUUUCUGUAGCCAAACAAGAUGCCCAGGCCCUGUAUGCUGCUGGGGAGAACAAGGUGGGAACAGAUGAGUCCAAGUUCAAUGCCAUCCUGUGUGCCAGGAGCAAACCCCACCUCAGAGCAGUGUUCCAUGAGUACCAGCAGAUGUGUGGCAGAGACCUAGAGAAGAGCAUCGACAGAGAAAUGUCUGGAGACCUGGAGAGUGGAAUGGUGGCUGUGGUCAAGUGUAUUAAGAACACACCCGCCUACUUCGCUGAGAGACUUUACAAGGCCAUGAAGGGGGCCGGGACCAAGGACAAAACCCUGAUUCGGAUCAUGGUGACCCGUUCUGAGGUGGACAUGCUGGAUAUCCGUCAGGAAUACGUCAAGACAUACGGCAAGUCGCUCUACACAGACAUCUCUGGAGACACCUCAGGGGACUAUAAGAAACUGCUGUUAAAGCUGUGUGGAGGGAGCGACUAGAGGACCCAUGUCAGCUCUCUUUACAGGAUCUCCCUCACGCCAUCUAUCUAUCUAUUAAGCUAAUCUAUGCAUGCACCACAAUCAGCAAUAAUGCAUGCCAGGCUAUCCAUUUUCUUCAAAGCAACUUUUAUCACAUGUUAUGAUAUGAGAACCUAUCAUAAAAGCUGCUCCUUUUCUAUAUUUUUUAUGAGCAAGAAAGUAUAUAUUUUUCCAUAAGUGUAACAUCUGUGCUGGAUAUUAUAACUUAGUCUGGCUAAAAAUGCCCUUAAAUGUGCAACUUUGAUUAGAUUAGAAUUGGAAUUUAAAUCUAUAUGUAUUUUAUAAAACGUUUUUAUUUAACAAACCUGUGCCAAUAUUAUACAUAUCUAAUUGUACAAGUUAACUCAGUAGUAAUUGGUUUAGUUGAGCAAUGUUAAAUAAAUUACUCUGAAGUCUCUGAAGUCAGAAUACUUAGCAGCUAAAAUACCAAAGUGUUCCGUUUUAUAUUUGUGUUUAUAUGGUGUGUGUGUGUACACUAUCAUUGUUUGUUUUUUUACUCUUUUUUUUCACUACACUCACUCAUGUUGUCUGCUUUUUGCUACAAUCUCUUUGAGCAUAUCUGUCAAUCUAACUUUUAACUUAAAUCUCAUUGCAUCACAUUUCAGUAACGGUGCUCUGAUGAAUAUUACAUCUGAAAAUAAAUUUUGAGAAACACG